CAUUCUGUUUGUUCUGACUGAGCAGCCACUCACCCAGACUGCAGGUGAUCCAGAAGGUCUCUGGUUUGCCUCUCUGCCUAGUUAAAAGAACUUCACACAAUUUUUCUAAGACGUUAUAAAAUGUCUACUGAUACAGCGGAAGCAACAAAAGCCAAGAUGCCAGAUAAACUGGAGCCAACUAAAGGAAAGUCACAUGAUUCUGACAAGAAGGUCGACAAUAAGGUAACACUGAAUGGAAGUGAUGGACAGCAGGACAACCUCAUGACUGGACAGCCAAGCAACUCCAGAAACAAAGCAGCAACUAUUAUAUUCACACUGAAGAAUGAAGUGGGGGGGCUGAUCAGAGCUCUGAAACUUUUCCAGGAAAAACACGUCCAUCUGGUUCAUAUUGAGUCUCGCAAGUCCAAACGGAGAGAUUCAGACUUUGAGAUCUUCAUAAACUGUGAUUCAGAGCAUGAACAACUGAAGGAGCUGACCGAGCUGCUGAGGACACACACCGACAUAGUGGAAAUGACUCCGUCUAGAAGCUCUUCUUUACUACAUGAUGGUUUGGAAAGUGUUCCCUGGUUUCCUACAAGGAUUUCGGAUUUGGACCUGUGCGCCAACAGGGUUUUAAUGUACGGCUCUGAAUUAGAUGCAGAUCACCCGGGAUUUAAAGACCAAAUUUACCGUAAAAGGAGGAAGUAUUUUGCUGAUUUGGCUAUGAACUUCAAACAUGGUGAUCAGAUUCCUCGUAUCAACUACACGGCAGAGGAGGUGCGGACCUGGGGCGUGGUGUUUCAGGAGCUUAACAAGCUGUAUCCCAGCCAUGCCUGCAAGGAGUAUCUGAAGAAUCUUCCUCUGCUGACCAGAUACUGUAAAUACAGUGAGAACAACAUCCCUCAGUUGGAGGAUGUGUCACGCUUCCUCAUGGAGCGCUCAGGUUUCAGCAUCCGGCCGGUAGCAGGCUACCUCUCUCCAAGAGAUUUCCUAGCAGGGCUCGCUUUCAGGGUGUUCCACUGCACUCAGUAUGUCCGUCAUGGCUCAGAGCCUUUGUACACACCUGAACCGGACACAUGCCAUGAGGUGUUGGGCCACGUUCCUCUCCUGGCAGAGCCCAGCUUCGCUCAGUUCUCCCAAGAGCUUGGUUUAGCAUCGCUUGGCGCUUCAGAUGAAGACGUGCAGAAACUUGCCACAUGUUAUUUCUUCACGGUGGAGUUCGGCCUGUGUAAGCAGGAUGGAGGCCUGAGAGCCUAUGGAGCUGGACUCCUCUCCUCAGCUAGUGAACUCAAGCAUGCUCUGUCUGGGGAGGCCAACAUCCGCCCGUUCGAUCCCGUGGUAACCUGCAACCAGGAGUGCAUGAUAACCACAUUCCAAGAUGUUUACUUUGUGGCUGAAAGUUUCGAAGAAGCCAAGAACAAAAUGAGGGAGUUUGCCAAAACCCUUAAGCGUCCAUUCACAGUGAACUACAACCCCUACACUCAGAGUGUGGACCUUCUGAGGGAUACCUCCAACAUCAACAAUAUGGUGAAAGAUAUCCGGCAUGAGCUGGACAUUGUUGAAGAUGCCUUGCGUCGUCUCGGCAAACUCCAGAGAGACUGAAGAGUCAAAAUUGCAAAUUAGCAGUCUCCAAACUAUUUAAAUGUGGUUGUUGGUUGUGCUCUGUCUCUUUUUUUUUGCUUGUGGACAUGAUGCUGCAUAUGCUAAAAUAAUCAAUUGAUGUUUUAUUAAGUUAUGAUAUGAGAUGUAAAAGGUGAAAAUGUCUGUAGUUUCACAUUGAAGAAAUUUGACUGUUGAGCUUGUAAGCCUUCUGUUCAGCAGAAGGCGUACAAGUACCACCCUAAGGACAAACAGUUUGAAACAGUGAAGCAGGACUUAAAAUCAGUUUGUUGUUAUAAAAUGUGCUACAUUAGAAGUUCAUGUAACAAUUUCAAAGUUCAAGUUAAAAAUGAAUGGGAAAAAGUUGGAAAACUUUUCAAAACAGACCCGUGGCAUAAAAAAUCCAGUGGGAAAGUUGUAAACAGGAGGUUUCUAAUCCUGAAAUCCAAAAUGACUGCACUGAAAAUAUCUGUUUCGCACAAAAUACAAACAACCCUACUUUAGUGAACAUGUUGCUGCAGUGUUUAAAAUAACAAAAUAGAAGAAAAUUCAUUGCUCACCACCUGCAUUGCUACUAGUAGAGGAUUCCUUGGAAUUGGAAUUGCAAUUAAGUUGGACUUGGUGUCAUUCUCAGAUUAAAGCGCUGACUUGAAGACCGCA